AUGUCUGAAGCCGCCGUCGACCUAGGCUUGUUCUUCGGGGACGCCUCCUUGGCUCUGGAGAUGCUAAACGACCCUAGUAUACGGGACAGGAUCCCGGAAUUUACGGCGGAGAUCCUGCCAGCACUUUGCUCUGUGGGCCAAGGAUUCCACCCCUUCGGUACAGCGUACGCGGUGUCGUUUGGUCAACAUCCCGAUGAUUCCACCCAGGCUGCUGCGGUGCCUGCCCAUUUCCCCUCCGUAUCAGCUCCUUCUCCGUUUUCGCCUUCUCCGACGCCGUUAAGGGCGUCGUCAGCAUCGAGCUGCAGCCUCACGACAACGGCCUUCCCAUCCCCAUCCUCCUCUCCCGACCCCUUAGCUCACGAGCUAGCAAACCACGGCGGGUACCCCUCCCGUCGAGAGGCUGCACCUAGAUUGAAGCAGAUCUUCCGGCAGUGGCCUUACCUCGUAUACGGUCGAAACCACGCGAAGCCUGGGAAGAAGCGGUGCCGCUUCUGUAAGAGGACCACCUCUCGCAUCCAGGAGCUCAAGCGCCACGAGAUCGGGCACUUCACCGUGUACCUCAAGCGGAAGUACGGCGAUGCCCUCUGGGCUUGUGUGGGGGUUCCCGCAGACUCGCCGGACGCGCACACCGUCCCGGGGGGCGCGCGCGAGUUCAGUUAUCGUGGCUGGGUGAUGAGGGGCGGUUGUGGCAAGCAGUUCUCGCGAAAGGACACGUUCCUGAGCCAUCUGAAGAAAUGCAAUCGCGCAGUCGGAGACGCGAAUGCUCCUAUAUUCUUGGGCAAUUGCAUACCCGAGAUGAGUGUUCCCGAAGACGACAUGGUACAGCCAAUAGUAAGCACCAAGUAUCUGUACCUGUACCUGUCCUAG